AUGCACUCACAACGUAUUAAGUUAAAUGACGACUCAGAAUUAUGUGCUGUUUGAUCAGCUAUUCUUCUUGCUUUCAUAGAAAAUUCUUGUAUUUUGAGAUUUUGCUCAGGAGGAGGAGAUUAUGCAAACCCUCAAAAUGAUUUUGGAGAUCCUUAUUUAGAAAUAGAUAUUCAAUGUGAAUUAAAUAUUAAUACACAAUUAAAGAAAACUGUCAUACCUCAAGUGAAGAAACAAAGGAAGUAUAAUGAUCUUUUAGAUAAUCUUUAGAUAAAGCUUUUAUAUGAAGGUGGAAAAUAAAUAGUUGCCUUUGAUCCCCUGA